AUGAUUUUUGCUAGGGAGCCUUAUCUUUUACAUCUCCUUGCGGGUAGUGAGACUAUAACGGCUUUGGAUGCGGCAAAAAGUUUACUUGACUCGGGAUACAAUGAUCCUAAUGAACGAGAACCGACUGAUAAUAUUUCUCCUUUGCAUGUGGCUGCAGCGUGGAAUAAUUUGGCUAUGUGUCAAUUGUUGAUUCACUAUGGAGCUGAUGUAAACGCUCGUGAUAUUGAUAAGCGCCGACCAGUGGAUGUUGCUGAUAAACAAUGUAAACAAUUUUUACUGCGUUUACAAAAGAGGAGGAGAACAGAUAAAAGCAAAUUUCGGAAGGUAUUGUCUUAUCUUUUUCGAGGAAUUUGUGCAAGUUCAUCAGCUGCAAAUAAAUCUGUACUUAUUGACAGUCCUAGAAAGGACGUUGCGACGUCAAGAAAAUCUUGUAUAGCUAAUAUUCACAUAAACGAUCGAAAGGACAAAAGACUAAAGUAUCCUACUACCGUCUUUGUAAGACCGAUGCCUUCAGCUCCUAGACGUACAUCUAGCCUAAUAAACGAGGAAUUUCUUACUUCUGACAACACUGAUGAUGGAAGAGAGAUUGAAAAUAAAAUAACUGAAAAUGAAGAUAAGCCCCAUGAAAAUGAGUUAAACGAAAAUGAUGAGAAAAGUCAGGAACAAGAAAACAAAGAAGACGAGGAAGAAAUUGAAGAAGGAUUUGAAGUUUUAGAUCCCGCAGAAGAAGCUGCAGUUAAAAAACAAAUGGAGCAAGAAGAAGAGCUUUGUAAACAAUUUUCUGCUUUAAAAUUGGAUGAUUUGAAGGCUAGGCUGCGCUGUAAAAAUUUUAAAACUGGACCAAUGGAUGCACGAAAUAGGAAGGUUUAUGAGGCAAAAUUAGCGAAACUUGAGGUUAGGCCUUCAAAGGAAAAUGGAGAUCGAGUUUCUAUAAGAAAUUACUGCCCUGUACUUCAAAAAUUCAUUUUAAAUGUUGAACGUGCAAAUUCUGCUGAUAAUCAAAAAAUUGGACAAGCGGAGGAACUCCUUUUACGAAAUCACUUUACUCAAUCUACUCCUAAACAAGAAAGAACAGAAAAAUUAAAACGAAUUUUGCAAUUAUGGGAUCGUGGAGAAGGCGUUAUUUCGAUGCAUUUAUUUCAUAACAUACACUCUGCUGAAGCUUUUAUUCGUGAAGGAGCGAUGAUCGAAGCAAUAGGAACAAGUAAUUUAACAAAUAUCGUUCGCGGAACUUUCCCAGAAAUUGCUUCAAAUUGGACAAGACAACAAAUAACUGAAUUUGGUUCUCUUCUUUUGCAUAAAGCUUUUGUUAUUUUUUUGAAUGAGAGAUGCCGCCCAAUUUUUGAAGCUGAUAUCAACGAAAUGGAUGGACGUUGGUGA